ACUUCUACCAGAGACCUCAGUGAACUCGCGUAUUAGCGCAAUUGCACAGACUUUUGUGUGAAUCACCAUGCGAAAAACGAUUAGAGAUGUGAUGUCGUGUAAACAUCCUAUAUUGUAUUUGACGGUGAUGGCAACGAUUAGCUCUGUGUUAACCCCUUGCUAUGGCCAGAUUCCAGACGCAAGCAUCUCAAUGCCAAAUGCCAAAAUUCAUCCGACGAUUGUCCGAUCCGGGAGGCUUGUAGUUGGGAAUAAAUUGGUCCAACUGAGAAGGGUGGGUUUCGAAGUAACCAAUGAUGAAUCCGCCGCUUCUGACCGCAUCAAGACUAAAAACGGAUCUCUUGCAUUUGAGGCUGAUAAUCGGGCUGGACAGCCUGCAUCACAAGAAUGGCACAAGUUGGAUGCUAAACUCCAGCACAUGGGGCCAUCAGUACAGUGUAGCAAUGAAACAAUGACUCUUCGGGUCAAAGGGGGAAGAGCUCCACAUUUUCUGGUCGACGGCGGUGAUGGGUCUCCUGUUCUUCCCCUGUCCCGAAUGCCAACUCACUGUGGCUUCUCUGUGAAGCGGUCACGCAGGCAUGUGUUCUUCGUCGCACCAUACCAAGGCUGCCAUGUCACUCAAGAGGGGGGUAACUAUGUUCUGCCACUCCGUCUGUGGGGGGCACCCAUGACCAUGUCUUGUCCUGUUGCACCACCCCCUCCCCCCUCUGUCUCCUGCUAUUUAUCUGGCAUGGUGGUGAAGCUUUCCAUGGCAGCGAAUGCUCUUCAAGUCAAAGUGUCUGGUGUGUGGGAGCCACUUCUCGCAAUCACCCAGCAAUGUGGCUUAACUAUUGAGACAUUCUUUGGAGGAGUGGUGAUCACUGCACCAUACACAGGACCCUGUGUGGAGUUGGAGGAUGAUAAGCGUUUGCUUUUCAUGCUCUCGGGUGCUGGGGAGCUCACCCUCUCCUGCCCUGCAGGCCUCCCUCCAACUGAACCUGUUAUGUCUGGAUACCCUCUGUUCUACCAGUUGUCCCAGUACCAUUUCCCUCCGUAUCCCCCCCAACCACCCUCGUCCCCAACAGCAGCCACUACCAUGUCUAAACAAACACAUUCCCCUAAACCUUCUAGCCAGGCCAUGCAUAUGCCACGUAAAGGAGACCCCCAGGUCCCACAAACACCUGAAUUCCACCUGUUUUACCCAUACCAUUUUCCUCCAUAUCCCCCUCAACGCUAUUUCCCAACAUCAGCCCCCACUACCUCACCUAAACACACACAAUCCCCUCAACCUGUCACCCAGGUCCUGCAUAUGCCACCUAAAGCAGACCCCCAGGUCCCACAAACACCUGAAUUCCACCCGUUUCACCCGUACCAUUUUCUUCCGUAUCCCCCUCAACAACGCUAUUUCCCAACAUCAGCCCCCACUACCUCACCUAAACACACACAAUCCCCUCAACCUGUCACCCAGGUCCUGCAUAUGCCACCUAAAGCAGACCCCCAGGUCCCACAAACACCUGAAUUCCACCCGUUUCACCCGUACCAUUUUCCUCCGUAUCCCCCUCAACAACGCUAUUUCCCAACAUCAGCCCCCACUACCUCACCUAAACACACACAAUCCCCUCAACCUGUCACCCAGGUCCUGCAUAUGCCACCUAAAGCAGACCCCCAGGUCCCACAAACACCUGAAUUCCACCCGUUUCACCCGUACCAUUUUCCUCCGUAUCCCCCUCAACGCUAUUUCCCAACAUCAGCCCCCACUACCUCACCUAAACACACAAAUUCCCCUCCACCUGCCACCCAAGCCCUGCAUAUGCCACCUAAAGGAUACCCCCAGGUCCCACAAAUGCCUGACUUCAAAAUGUUUUACCCAUACCAUUUUACUACACAUCUCCCUCAACCUUAUUUCCCAUCAGCCUCCACUACCACACCUAAACAAACAAAUCAGGCCCUGCAUAUGCCACCUAAAGGAUACCCUCAGGUCCCACUGAGUUACCAGUUCCCCCAAUACAAUUUCCCAGGGUUUUUCCCUCAACGCUCUGUCCCAAGAGCACCCCCCAUAGCCAGCCAACUGGAUAACCAGAAUAACCCCCAGAAAUAUCAUUACUCAGAUUCCUCCUACCGUCAGUCAGCCACUCCUUCAGUAACUGCUAGCACUAUCCCUGGCACCACACCCCAGGCCCAACCCAUGCAGCCCUUCAUGCAAUAUGACCAGUACCCGAUGGUUCGCAGCUGGAAUCCGUAUGCUUCUCCUGUGUUCCCACCCCAUUAUGGAACGGUGCCGUAUCAUUAUCAAGGGCCUAGGGAGUAACUUAUGGUGGAAUCUACAGUUUCCAGACAUUACUUGUGAAGUGUAAAAUAAAUUCACUAAAUGUA